GGACGGGCAGGGCGCUGCGGCCAUGGCGGCGGCGGGAGGCAGCCGCACCAUCAGCAAGGACGACGCCGAGUACCGGCUGCAUUUCCGGAUGAUCAACGAGCAGCAAGUGGAGGACAUCACUAUCGACUUCUUCUACAAGCCGCACACCAUCACCCUGCUGACCUUCACCAUCGUCAGCGUCAUGUACUUCGCCUUCACCAGGGAUGAUUCAAGUCCAGAAGACAAUAUCUGGAAAGGUGUUCUCUCAGUCGUGUUCUUUUUUCUAAUUGUAAGUGUCUUAGCAUUUCCUAACGGUCCUUUCACCCGACCUCAUCCAGCGAUAUGGAGGAUGGUUUUCGGUCUCAGCGUGCUUUAUUUCCUCUUCCUGGUGUUCCUGCUCUUCCUCAACUUUGAGCAAGUGAAAUCGGUCAUGUACUGGCUCGACCCAAAUCUGCGCUAUGCCACUCGAGAAGCCGAUGUUAUGGAAUAUGCCAUAAACUGUCAUGACAUAAGUUGGGAAAGGAUUCUCAGCCACUUUGACAUCUUUGCCUUUGGACACUUCUGGGGCUGGGCUAUGAAAGCAUUGCUGAUUCGCAGUUACGGCCUCUGCUGGACCAUCAGUAUCACUUGGGAGCUGACUGAGCUGUUUUUUAUGCAUCUUUUGCCAAACUUUGCUGAAUGCUGGUGGGAUCAGGUUAUUCUUGACAUCUUGCUGUGCAACGGCGGUGGCAUCUGGCUGGGGAUGGUGGUCUGCCGUUUCCUAGAAAUGAGAACCUAUCACUGGGGAAGUUUCAAGACCAUUCACAGCACCAGUGGGAAGCUGAAACGAGCCAUGCUGCAGUUUACGCCAGCCAGCUGGACAUACGUCCGUUGGUUUGACCCGAAAUCCUCCGCGCAGAGAGUUGCUGGAAUUUACCUCUUUCUAAUAAUUUGGCAGCUGACUGAACUGAAUACAUUUUUCUUGAAACAUAUCUUUGUGUUUCAAGCGAGCCACGCCCUGAGUUAUGGUCGAAUCCUCUUUAUUGGUGUGAUCACGGCGCCUACUGUACGACAGUAUUACGCGUAUCUUACCGAUAGUCAAUGCAAAAGAGUUGGAACUCAGUGCUGGGUCUUUGGUGCCAUUUCCUUUCUGGAAGCAAUAGUAUGCAUCAAGUCCGGUCAGGAUCUUUUCUCCAAAACUGUGGGCCUGUAUGUCAUCCUCUGGCUCCUCUGCAUGGCUUUUAUAACCUUCCUUUGCCUUGCGGGAAUGGUGUGGUACGCUGAGCAUACUGGGCAACGUGAGAAGACUCUUUCCGAGUGUGAAUAUGAGGAGGCAGUUAACAGCACUAAUAUCUCCCUGCUGCCUGGUGACCCACACGCAAAAGGCGAUGGAAAUUGCGAAGUGUCAGAUGUGAACAGAACAGACAAGAGCACAACGAAGCGUAAAAGGCCCUCUGGUAAAUGUCGGAUGAGUAAUGGCUUUGGCAGGAAGUAAGGUGGUUUCACUGAGGUGGAAUCCACCUUCCACAAGGAAGUCCGAAGCUGGAUCUGAAAGCCUUUGCAAAGCCGACAAACAGAAUGAAAAGACUGAUUGAUCAGUUUGGUAGCCGAGGGAUGGUGCGUGAUGUCGAAGCAGUUUUAGUGUUUUGUAGCGGAUAGCAACUCAUCAGCUUAAUGUGUUCCUACAUUUUUUUCUUACCAUUUUGUUUAAAGAAAAGAAGAAAUUCUUGAAGCUUUUGUAUAUUUUUAUUUAAAACUUUUUAAUUUGCUGGCGAUUUAAUUUUGAGUUGAUGGAGCCAACCACAGCGUUAACUAACAUUGAAAUGCAGUUAGGUUAGCGGAACGCAGCGUUAACUAACAUUGAAAUGCAGUUAGGUUAGCGGAACGCAGCGUUAACUAACAUUGAAAUGCAGUUAGGUUAGCUAACCACAGCGUUAACUAACAUUGAAGUGCAGUUAGGUCAGCUGAACGCAGCAUUAACUAACAUUGAAAUACAGUUAGGUUAGUGGAGCGUAGGGAACAGUCUCUGGGAAAGCACUUUCUGACUAGUUUCUGCUGCAAUGUGAUCACUCUGAACAGUUGCUCUGUUAAGAGUUUGUGUGAAGCUUGCUUCAGUCAUGCAGUAUAUAUAAUUUGUGCCAAAUGCUGUAGUUAUUGAUUUCAAUUUGUGUUGAGUGAAAUGGCUUAAAACUGCUUGGUUAAUGAAGGCCCAACCCUUGCAGACUGUUGAAUGGGUGUUAUAACCUUUAUUCCAGAAUUUUUUUCCUGAAUUUUCAUUUAAGUCUUGCACAUUUCACCUACUGUAUUUUUAUUCAAUAGAUAAUAUAACUGGAGAAUACAAUUCAAUUAAGUACACCGUGCUAGUUACUUCAUUCUAGUAUCCAGUGGAAAUCGUACACUGAUCUGAUAUGCAGUCGUGUUUGAUAUUGACUGGAUGUUACAAUUUUUAGAAUGAAAUAAUCUUGUUUUACCUUUUACAAGGAUAAGUCAUGAAUGAAGAUGACUUGCCAUCCCUACCCUGGCCUCGUACCUCCACCUGCCUUUCACCUCCCCUGGUGCCCCUCCGUCUCUCAUGGGCCAAUCAGAUUCCUCCUUCUUCAGCCCUUUACCUCCUUCCACCUAUCAGCUCCCAGCUUCUUACUUCAUCAACCCCACCCACCUGGCUUCACCUGUUACCUGCAGCUCUUCCUCCCCCCUCCGGCCCCCACCACCAUCUUCGUACUCUGGCACCUCCUCCCUCCCUUCCCAGUCCCGAUGAGGGGUCUUGGUCCGAAACAUCGACAGGUGUAUUCAUUUCUGUAGAGGCUGCCUGCCCUGCUGGGCUCCCCCAUCAUUUACUGUGUGUUGCUCUGGAUUUCCGGAAUCUGCAGAAUCACUAGUGUUUGACAUCCCUAUUACAAAUAGAAAUGAGAUAGAAAUAUGAAUUACUUUUAUUUUCUUUGGUCAAUUUUUUGACAUGUUUGUAAUUCUCAUCAUGAUAAUCCAUCAGAAAACUUGAGCAAUGAAAUGCUGGACAAUGCAGUCUAUGGCUUUGAUGCCACUGAAAAUAAUGUUGAUUAUAAUUUUUGUGUGGAACUGGUCUCUCUUGAGCUUAUGGUACAACAA